AUGUUAUUUUUACGCAAGAGAAUCGAUGGUAAUCUGCUCCUACAGCUCGCUCCCUACUCAUCCCAGUUGGACCAAGUCGUCGAUCCGUUUGCCCGACAAGCGUUGCGUCGGGCUAUCAUGGUACUCAAAGGAUCUCAACCAACCGUAGGCGGAGAUCUGAGCAGCAAAGCAUCGGAGACUCUGUCGAAUCGAUCCUCAUUGAAUGACCAGUUGAGCCAAGAGGAAGAGAGCACUGUGUCAACGGAUGAUGCUGCUCCUGUGUUAGAGCACAAUUAUAAAAUCAGCUCAUUCACCCAGGAAGUUGCAUGUGCUCUUUGUGGACUCCCACUGUUAGCAUUGGACACUGUGCCUUCAUGUCCAAAUACUCCUCUUCUACUGGACGAGCUGGAUUUGAAAGAUCGUGGUGAUGUACAGGAAACCUUGAGCUAUGCGCAUUUGCCCCGAAGAUUACCUCCAUACAAGAGUGAUUACUUCACUAUCCCAUUGGAAGACCAGGUUAGUGAUGUGCUGUGUUGUGUUGCGUGA